AUGGCCGCUCCGAAGCCGGUGACGAAGAAACUCAUCAAUUCACCGGAAACAUGCGUGGAUGACAAUUUACGCGGCGUAGUGGCCUUGUACCCCGGUCUCCAUCUGCAUCCGAAGCAUCGAGUGAUCACUUUGAGAACAAAGAGUGAUUCCGGAAGAGUAGUUGUCCUCGGUGGGGGAGGGUCAGGACAUGAACCGUUCGCUGCAGGUUUAGUUGGCUUGGGCAUGUUAGACGGCGCGGUCGCCGGAGGAGUGUUUGCGUCUCCACCAACUGGUCACGUACUAUACGGGAUCACACAACUGUACAAAUAUAAUUCAGGAGGAGUAAUUGUUAUCAUCGGCAACUACACCGGAGAUCGACUGAACUUCGGGAAGGCUAUCGAGAAAGCCAAGAUCGCUGGCAUAAAGGUCGAAGGUCUGAUAGUGGGCGAGGACUUGGCGUCUAGCCACAACAAGACUGGUGGCCGAAGUAUGGUGGGGGAGGUUAUAUUUUAUAAGCUGUGUGGAGCGAUGGCGCAAAAAGGAUACGAUUUGCUAACGAUACGCAAAGUUGCAGUGGAAGCCAAUAAAUACAUGGCAACACUCGGCGUUUGCUUGAGCGCAUGCUCUUUACCCGGUCAGCCUCCAUUGUUUGAAAUAGCAGAUGACGAAAUGGAACUUGGAGCUGGAGUGCAUGGUGAGGCCGGUAUAAAGAAGAUGAAGCUUGGUACGGCCAAGGAGGUCGUGAAGAUGAUCAUUGACCAGAUUAUAGAUCACCUAAAGUUAAAAGCAGGCGACAGACUAGCGGUAAUAGUGGAUAACCUGGGCGGAACCUCGUUGCUCGAGAUGAACAUCCUCAGUGCUGAAACCAAAGACUACUUCGAAUCCAAACAGAUCCGAGUGGAACGUAUCUUCGCUGGACACUUAAAAACCUCUCUUGAGAUGCACGGCUUCCAAAUUUGCGUUCUGCAUUUGAAUAAAGAACAAGGGGACUUUUGGUUGGAGUUGCUCGACGCUCCUACUGAUGCUUUGGGGUGGACAGGAGGAGAGGCAUCCAAGAGAGGGCAUGACAGUCACGGGGAUGAUGAAAGUUUGAUGCAGACAGAUGAGAGAGAGAUUAUGUCGGGACCCACGCUAACAGCGAAGCAGCAGGAAGUGCUACGCGGCAGCUUGAGGUCUGCAGCACAGCAGCUGGUGGCCAACGAGUCACUGCUCAACCGCCUAGACUCCGGCUGCGGGGACGGCGACUGCGGGAUCACGCUCAAGAAGUUCGCUCAAGCGAUGCUGUCGUACUUGGAAACGGCGUGCUUAGAGCGCUGUGCCAAUGUGCUGUGGCGGCUGUCGGAGCUGGCGGAGACGGACAUGGGCGGCACGUCCGGCGCCGUCUACAGCCUGGGCCUGGCCGCCGCCGCACACGCACUCGCCGGCGCGGUGUCCAAUGAUCCAGCCGCGUGGUUGUCCGCGUGGGAGAAAGGGAUGCAGGCCAUCACGAAAUAUGGCGGCGCGGAGCCAGGAGACAGAACCAUGCUGGAUACAUUACACGCGGCUGCCGCGGUGUUCAAAGCCAACCUCGACCAGGACCUGAAGACCUUGCUCCGGAAGACUGCUGAAGCGGCUGAAGAAGGAGCCAAAGCCACCAUUACUAUGACCGCCAGGGCGGGUCGCGCGUCGUACGUGGCGAGCGGGCACGUGCACGACGAGGACGCGGGCGCGCGCGCCGCCGCGCUCUGGCUGCAAGCUAUUUUGAACUUCAUCGCCGAUGCAUAUUAA